ACGUUUGAAUUCAGCCUUUUUUGGCAAUUUAUCUAAUUUGAUAAAUUGUACGGGACCGGGAAAAAUGUAAAUUUUUUCUUGAACUUUGGUGAAAAGAUUUGAACAUUUCACAGCAUUUCAACUUUCCUUCAUAGCCAGUAGUGCAAACUGCCGCAGUAUUGGACAUAUCCUGUGGUCAAUUGUAUAUGUUUAACAGAAACAAUGUUGGAUAAAACCUUGCUAUGGUAACCUUUGACUUUCAUGAUAAAUGUUUCGAUCCUUCAUCAUUGUUACAACUGAAAAACGGAAAUUAGUUUGGAAGGUGCAAGAGACUGCUACUUUCGAAUUUUUUAUUCAUCAGGAACUUCUCCUUACUCCUUGUUGCGUUGUUAUAAUUAAAUAAAGUUGUGCAAACUCAUACAAAUCACAUCUCAACUCUUGACACAGUAGAUUGUCUCUGCUUCCCUGUCAUUUCCUCCACCGGCACGACAAGGGAACUAAAUUGUUUGAUCAAUGGUUCAAAACAGCCUUAAAACAAUCGGUGAUCCUCUUCAAAGCUCAAUACUGAGUCCAAGUGUCAAAGCAAACGGGCCAUUAAAGUGAAAUGAAUCUGCCAGGUGUAAACGGUGGGCGCGCAUAGGAAAUAACUCAUUAAAACAGCACCUUGUGUUUGUUGGUCAAUAUUUCGACUCCCGCUGUUGUGUAAAAAAGAUGUAUUCAAUAUCAGAAGUCUGCUUUUGCUCGUUGUCAAAUUAGUGGGUGAGUAAUUUGUUUGUCAUCUUUUUUAAAGAAGUAAGACUCUGUGGUUUGUACUGAUCAGCGGAAGCUGAAGGAAGACGAAAAUUUUCCCCUUUCUGCGCAAUGAAGCGUGCCAACAGCAACUCAGCAGUCUCGAGACUAGGCGAGAGCGCGUACAAUGCGCUAGUCCUGACAAAUCAAGUGAACGGAGGUGAAAAACGGAUUCUGCACUACAGUUAUAAUUUAACGACGGAAGCGGGUCAAGAGGAUACCUACGGCGAUUUGGAAAAAAAUUACCCACUAUACAGAUCCGAGCGAAUGAUCCACGCACACAGCCAAGAGGAGAAGCAUGUCUUCGAGAAGAAGAGAAUUCAGCGGAGUAGCAGUAUCCCUUUACCAGGGCGACGUAUACCCCACAAGAAGUCCGAAAAAGCCUUAGAACGUUCAAAGGCUUCGGAACGUAUGUUUUACGGCGGAGCAAUGCAGGGCAACGCGGAAACGUCCACUACGCAAGACGUUUCGGAGGCAAUGACCGCGGAGAAUCCCGAAAUGCUAACUAACGGUUCGCGUGAAAGUCAUUCGCGCAAAUUAGGGCUCGGGGAAACGACGAACAAUUCACUUAUGAGUCACAAACUCAGGAAAAAGGCGGUUUGUGAUACUACAGAUAACUCUCAUUAUCAGAGACAGUUCCUGCGAGUUUUGAACAAGCGGUUCUGAACGCGAACGUAGAAGGUUCCCUCAUAUCUACUGCAUAGAUCUGAGCAAGUGGUAUGUUGCCUUAAGAACUGUGCUGUAUGUAUGUGUAUAUAGUCGACUUAUUAACAAAACUAAAAAUAGAAAAAGGAAACAUGAACGUGCUCGUUCGCAUAGGGUAUAGAUAAACACUAACCAUGAAUUCAAAUAUUCUAUAAUGCAGAUAUCUUAAUUAUAAACACACCGGCUAGUAACUUUCAAGACAUCUAAAUAAACAUGAGGAGAUCCCGUUCGCAAUUUUGCUGAAUAUAUACCAUAAGUUUUUGUAAAUUUUCUAGAUCAAGAGAUUGAAUUUCGCCGUGUUCAAACGCUAGUUGUCUUUUUCUUUGAAACUGAAUCGAGAUUCGAAACUAAAAAAUGAAAUAUCUUGUUAUUCGAACCAAGGUUCGAUCCGGAGUGAGAAUCAUUCCACAUGCAAAUUCGUGUUAUGUUUACGAACGUCAAAACCCCUUUGCGGGCUGCGUGCAAUCGAAUUUGAUUAGGCGUCUAGAAAUACAAAAAGAGAUCUUGAAUAUUACAGGUGGCAGUCUUGAUAUAACAGAUCAUAUUCCUUUUGUGUUUUAUUCAACUGACAAAAUCAACCAAUCUCCGGUGAUACGGAAAUCGAAUCAUGAAAUAGGCUUGCAAAAGUUAAUGUUCUAAAUGACUUUAAGGAUAUAAAAGCCACGAAAUUGAAGAGAUAUGUCAAAUUUGAAAUUUGAUCUUUCUUUAGAAGUUAUCAUCAUGAGUUAAAUAUUAAAUAGGCAGCUUGCCAGCCAUUGUAUGAAUAGAUAUGGCCAUCUGUAAGUUCAAUUUCAGAUGCAAUGAAUAUGCAUCGUGAUAUUUUAAGGCAGACGUCGUUAGAAAGGCGAAAACCACCUGAUUAUGAUCAUAAAGGUUUGUUUUGUGAAGGAAAAAAAUUCUCUGGGCGAGAGGUUCACGCGUGCUCAGUUGUCAAUAGCUGUAGUCGAUGACAGUGUAGCCGCGUGAAAAUGAAGUAGCCUGGCAUCCCCAACGCAAGGUAGCUCUUGCAAAAUUUGAGAAGUUGUCGUUGCCUUUCUAUAACUAACAGAAAGAAGAGAAUGUGGAAUAGCAACGCUUUGGGCGAAUUUUCCGAAGAACUCAUUGGCAUCAAGAAAAUAAACACCAGUAAUAUUCUGGCCACUUGUUUACCUUCUCUGCGAUGUCUACAUUAGAACGACAAAUCAGUCUUUCAGAUCGUGGAAAUGACGAACACUUUGCAGAGAAAUCACUUUAAGGCCCCAGUUAUAUGAUCUCGGAUACCCCGGACAACCCUCCUCCCGAGGCAACAGUAUCGAGCUUUUAUAUGUGCAAACGUAGUCCCUAUAGGCCGAGUCAAAGUUGACCCUGCACGAUUAUUCGUAUCCCUUAUUGAAUAAUCAAAUGUGCAAAUAUCCCUCUUUCUUUGCGUUUCCCUCGGUCAUUCGAUCACAGUGGGGUUUGCCGAAUUAAUUUUCACUUCUUUGAUACGAGUUUCUGCUUUAAAUAAAUCCUAAAUCUAGGCAUUACGUGACACUCGCCACGCCGAGAGUUGUCCCGGUUAAGCGAGCCAAAACAUUUAUGUGAAGAAAAGUUGUCCCGCUUGCCAGGGUUACCCUUCCUACCGGGGCGAGACAACUCGCCCACUCGAGUUGUCUUGUUCCUCGGGACGGGUCCGCGGUCCAACUGUAAACGGAUGGUUGAAUUUUGCAAAGAAAUAAACUGAAAGUUACCUCGGCUAUGGUGGUUGUCUCGUUUACCCGAGACCAUAUAAAUGGGGCCUAAGUUUUGAAUUCUUUGAGCAUGCUAUAGCGUCGUGUCUAUGAGGGUAAUGAGCGUAAACCAGCGUAUAUGGCCCAAAAAUCGUCAAUUAAGUUGGCUAAGGUAGAGGGAAAAGAGCCAAUUACAUUCUAUGUAAACAGUGUAGCUGUUGUUGUCUUAACCUAAUAAUAAUAAUAAUAAUAAUAAUAAUAAUAAAAUAUUUAUAACCUACAACGGG